AUGGUCUUCAAGACGUGCUGGUGCAUGAACAUGGAUUCACUCGGUGGGACGAUUUUCCUCGGCAAAAAAGCGGGGAUCCGCCUCGGUAUUGGCGAAGUUCGUGGACCACAGGACGGUGUACGCGUCUAUGGCGACAAAGAUGGUGAAAUUUUUGACCAGGAGUUCACCGAGUUUGAAUCGGUGAGUGUAUUCCAUGAGGAAGAUACGGCGUUUAUUGAUGCUGUCCGUGAAGGAAAACCUUCGCCGAUCGAUCCUUACGGUGUGAUGCUCACGAACGUUAUCAUCCAAGGCGUUAUCGAUUCCUCAAACGCCAACGGACGGGAAGUUGCAGUGACAGUGCCGACCUUGUAA